GGGCGCCUGGGUAGGAACCCUCACCUGAACCAACAGGUGCAGGCAGCUCAUCUGUGUGGCUUGGGCUGCGCAGGAGAUCUGAAGCCACCGAGCAUGACUAGUCCUGGCACAAAGGGCUCCUGGCUCUCGCAGCCGACGGUGAAGAGCGUGCUGGUGUAUCGCAACGGGGACCCUUUCUUCCCGGGGCGCCGUAUUGUCAUCCACGAGAAGAAAGUGUCCAACUUUGAUGUAUUCCUGAAAGAGGUGACAGGCGGGGUGAAGGCACCCUUUGGAGCUGUGCGGAACAUCUAUACCCCCCGGGGUGGGCAUCGUGUCCGGCAGCUGGAGGAGCUCCAGAGUGGAGAGCAGUAUGUGGCUGGUGGCAGGGAAGCCUUCAAGAAACUCAACUAUUUGGACAUUGGAGAAACAAAGAAAAAACCUGCUGAAGUCAAUAAUGAGGUCAAGCCAGUUACUCACAGUAGAAUCACUGUGUCAGCACGGUUUCGAAAGCCACUCCAGGAGCCCUACACUAUUUUCCUGGUUGCUAAUGGAGACCUUAUUAGCCCUGCAGUGCGCCUCCUCAUUCCCAGGAAAACACUGAAUCACUGGGAUCAUAUUCUUGAAAUGGUUACAGGAAAAGUUACCCUCAGAAGUGGAGCUGUUCACAGACUUUACACUUCAGAUGGAAAACUUGUUCAGAAUGGGUCAGAGCUGGAGAAUGGGCAAAUUUAUGUUGCAGUGGGUAGGGAAAAGUUUAAGAAGUUGCCAUAUGGUGAUCUGCUGUUUAGCAAAUCUACAAUGAGAAGACCACAGGGUUCUAAAACCUCUGCACUACCUCCAAUUGUGGGAACUCGAAAGUCUAAAGGCAGCGGAAAUGAUCUGCAAUCUAAAUCUACUGCUGGAUCCACUGACCGGGGAGAAAACUGUUCCUCACCUCAUCUUCCCAAAGGGAAAGACAAAAAAAGCCAGAAUCCAGAGAAUUCUGUGUCCAGACGACACUUUCCUAACAACUCUACAGGAGUAAAACAGACAGAAACAGCCUCCACAGGAGUCCUUCAAUAUAAUGGUGAAGAUAUUUACAAAGCCAGAGAAGAGGGGUCUGAAACCUGGGGGGCAGUUGAAGUGCAGGAAGAUGAAGAUACUCUUGUAGAAGUUCCACUGGACCAGAGACCAGCAGAAACUGUCGAUGAAGAAGAAAAUGUAGAAGAGGAAAAUGACAAGGGAGAAGAGGCAUAUGAAGGAGAAGAAGAAUAUCCAGAAGUGAACAGAGAGAAAAGUGGGGAAAGUGUUAAAGAAAGAAGUGAAGGGGAAGAAAACAAAAAGAAAUUAAAUGAAAAUUUUGAAGGUGAAGCAGAAGAAACAGAGAAUGUUGACCAAGCAGAGGAAGAGGAACGUAUCCAUUUAAAUGGCAAGAACAAUGAAGAAGAUGGUGAGGGAAUGGAGCACUUGAACUACCAAGAUGAUCUUCAGCCUGAAGAAGAAAUAAAAGAGGAUUCUGGCAGUCAGAACCAGGUUGAUUCCCAUCUUGAAAAAACAUCCACAACUCCAAGGGUGACAAUCACCAGCCCACAGGAAAGUGAAAAGAAUGACCAGAGCAAUGACUAUGCAGCAGUUGCAUAGAUAGGAAAAAAGUAAUGAGCAGAAAAUGAAAGAUUAUAAUACUUUAAAUAUAAAGCAGGUUAUAUUUUGUGAUUGAUAACUAGUAAUAGGAAGGCAGGUCAAGUACCUGCAUAAUGAGUAUUGAGAUGAUAAUGCUAUAUGGGCUGAUAGAAAACAAGCAUUAGUAGCUACUAGAAGAACAUAGAAUUAUUUUUACAGGGUGAGAUUUUCUGAUAGGAUUUAAGGGGGGAAAUACAAGAGUACUGUAUAGUAGUAUUAGAAAUAAUGAAUGAACUAUUCUGUGAUACGAGCUAGUUAGCAGUAAUGGAAUAACCACAAAAAUUACACUGUUCCAGGGAAAGGCAGAAAACCUACCCAAAUUCAAUGUCAAAACUUCUUCGCAUAUUUUUUCAGAAAAAAGAAAAAAAUUUUACCUUUUAAUGAGUACAUAUGUAACUUUUCCUUUAAAAUUCCACAUAAUAUGUAUGAUUUUCAGGCAUAACAUUAAGAUAUAAUUAGAAUAUGUUCCUCAAUUAAUGGACUUAUGCCCACAGAAAAUGGUGUACUAUUAUGAGGUGCCAGUUUUAAUGUUACUAAAUAGUGAAUUUUCAAUAUAUUAAUGAGAAUCGUUAGCUUUUGCAUACAUAAACAGUACUGAUUUAGCACUGUGCCUUUAUGUAGAUAGCCUGCAAUACUGCAAGUAGUUUCCAUUUAAAGCACAAAGUUUUGUUGAUUGUCCUGCACUGAUUCACUAAACAGUGAAUUGUUAUCAUAGUGAACAAAAAAGUAGAUUAGUUUAAAAAGUUGAAUUUGGAUGGAUUUGUAAUUCAAUCUAUGUGAAAUUUAAUUUAUUAGUGAAAUAAAAAAAAAAAAAGAACAGGCUUGGAUUCAGACUGACAUUCCCAUGAAACCAUUGCUGUCAAUGGAGCCAUUUUAAUAUGUGACACAUUAGGAUAAGCUGACCACUUUUCUGUGAAAGUCAGGAACAAUUGCUGCAUUUAUGAACCCUUUGCAUGGCCUUAAUGGUUGGAAGUGUCAUCCUUUUGAGCAGGAGCUGUCGCCUGCUAGGCUGUGGCUUAGUACGCAUUAGUAAAUAAGGCAUUGAUCCACAGUGUUGGUUCUCUUAGUGACCCAAAUUCCAUUACUCGUAUCAUUUCUCUGUUAGUAAUGGGAAUAAUUUGUAGUUCAUGGAAAUACAGCCCUUAGCAUAAUUUUAUUAAUUAUACAAAGAAAUACUGGGUUUCUUGAUCGUUAAUACUAGUAAAUUAUUACUACGAGAAACUAAAUGUCAUUUUUGUUGAUUUCAUGCCAUUAAGACAAGAAUUAAAUUUAUGAACAAAUUGAACUUGAAGCACUGUUUGAGGAAUGUGAAGAACCACUUGUCAUGGCUGAAACUCAUACAAACAUCUUCACUUUCGGUACUAGCUAUUAAAUAUAUUUUUCCAAUGGGAUAGAAAUAUGUAGAGAUCCUUCAGCAUAUUUCUGUGUAUUGGCAAUGUAAAUAUAAAAGACAUAAUGUUAAAAACUAAAUGAACAGGGUUAGAACAGUUUGCCCUGUGGUAUCUCUGUGAGAUGUCUGUGAAACCUGUGUCUUUUGUUGAGCCAACUGACAAAGAUUGGAGGGAAUAUUACAUUUGUGAUCAGCUCCUAACUUAGCCAAGCUCUUGAGGAAUGCUUCCUUUAUGUAUGCUUCCUUUAUUUGAGACAGCAAUUAAGCCUAUGCUCUAAUAUAUUUGGUUUCACUGAGAUUUAAAAAGACAUUUAGAGUUAAGCAGAAGUAAAAAAACAACCAACCCUCCCCCCCUCCAAAAAACAAACAAACAAACAAACAAGCAUAAACCAGAAUUAAUAAAAUAACUGGACAUGAUAGUGAGGAAAAAUGACACAGCUGCCUUUAUAGUUAAUCCUGCACUGGAAUAAUAUAUGCAGUAGCAUUAAAAGCCCUUAAACAGCACUUAACCAGCCAAAAAAGGUGGCACUGUCUCCUCGGGGAGCUUGGGGGAAACGUGCCCGCUGAACCUUCUGUGCAGAGCUGACCAAGGAAAGUGGUUGAUGCUGCAUCACUGCUCACUUGGAGCUGACCAGCUCAUAUGCUUCCCAGUAAGCUGGACUUCAAUGUGUUGCUGAAUCAAGACAAAUUACAGUAAUCUUGUUUUGACAUUACUGUGAAUGGGCUCUUCUCUAGAAGCUAGUGGAUAUACCAGACACAGGACUCUACUUGCUGUCAUACUAUUGCAGAUAAGGACUAACAACCUCUGACGUGUUCUUCAUCCUCAAAAGUUUGAAGUUAAAUCAACACCCAAAAAUAUGCUAUAUAUAUGAUAUAUAUAUAUACACGUAUAUAUAUUUUUUAUAUAUAUAUAUAUGCUUCAAAAUGUCGCACCUAGAAACCGUAUUUAGGAAACCUGUAUGGAUUUGUGUGGUGAUACUUUUCUCUCUUUUGUUUCUAUUUAUAGCUUCUGUCCGCCAACAGUUUCUGUCAUUUCUUCCCUUUACCCAAAAGUUUGGUGUUUUCCAUGCUCAAAAGACUUACAGAUAUCAAUAAGAAUAAUUUAAAAGCUUAAACUAAAUUCUAGUAUGAUCUAAUGUUAUAAUUUUCUUUCACAGGAACACGAAAUCCUAUGAGGUGUUAUUCAUCUUUUAAAUGUUUUCCUCUCUAUUUUCUUGUAAGAAAGACAGGUUAUAUUUCUUCAGAAGAGCAAAUCAGACUUUUUUGAAAUGGAGAUAUAACCAUUUUAUCAUUCACCUUACAACACUGACAAAAUGAAUUUUGUAUCAGGUUCUUUUAUUUAAAGAAACUAGUUUGUACCUAACAAAUAAUUCUGAUGUUAAAGUAGAAAUUAAACAAGAAACAUAUGGGUGGUCUUGCUAAUAGUUUUUCUGUCUGGAUCUGCUGUGUGAUGGCUUAACUCAGUUUUACUUGAGAAAUACAUUAUUUUGUUAAGCUUAUAUAAUGUUAUUUUAUUAAGCUUAUCUGCAACAAUUCUGAGGCUUUUUUCUUGUUUUCGUUUUAUUUUUAAAAUAACUUGCUAUUAAAGAUAACUAUCA